AUGAAUACUCAACAACGUGCUAUGGAAGGUGAUCUUUCCAGAAUUGUUGCCAUCUCUCGUAAAGAAAAAGAUGCCGUCUCUCGUAACGAUAAAGUCGAUGAUACUUUAAAUGGUUACAAAGAACUCUUCAAAGGUAACGAUGACAAAGCCAUCCAAGCCCGUAAGAACAAUUACACCCAUAUGGUCAACACUUUCUACGAUUUAGCCACUGAUUUCUAUGAAUUUGGUUGGGGUCAAUCUUUCCAUUUUGCCACUCGUCAUAAGUAUGAAUCAUUCGAAGCCUCAAUUGCUCGUCACGAAAUGUACAUGGCCCAUCAACUUGGUCUCUUCCCAGGUAUGAAAGUCAUCGAUAUCGGUUGUGGUGUUGGUGGUCCAAUGAGAACCAUUGCCCGUUUCUCUGGUGCCAACGUUGUCGGUCUCAACAACAACGAAUACCAAAUCCAACGUGGUAAACGUUUAAAUGAAAGUGCUGGUCUCUCCCACUUAUGUUCAUUCAUCAAAGCCGAUUUCAUGCACGUCCCAGUCGAAGAUAACACCUACGAUUGUGCCUACCAAAUCGAAGCCACUUGUCACGCCCCAGAUCUCGUUGGUCUCUACAAGGAAGUCUUCCGUAUCGUUAAACCAGGCGGUUUAUUCGGUGGUUAUGAAUGGAUUAUGACCAACAAAUUCAACCCAGAAGACCCAGUUGAAGUCAACAUCAAAAAACAAAUUGAAUUAGGUAAUGGUCUCCCAGAUCUUGUCAAACCAGCUGAAAUCAUCAAUGCUGCCAAAGCUGCUGGUUUCGAAGUUAUCACUGCUUUCGAUGUUGCUGAAACCUCUGAACUCCCAUGGUACUUACCAUUAUCAAGUGGUGUCUCUAUCACUGGUUUCCUCCACACUGGUGUCGGUCGUUACUUAACUGGUAAAUUCACUCAACUCUUGGAAAUUGUCAAAUUAGCUCCAGCUGGUUCAUACAACACCAACGUUUGGUUACAAAAUGCUGCUACCUUCUUAGUCCAAGGUGGUGAAAAACAAAUUUUCUCCCCAAUGUUCUUCUUAUUAUGUCGUAAACCAAGCACUGAUUAA